UUAGCAUCGCUGGGAUAGGUUUUUCUCUUGAUCAGAAAGACAGGUUUUUCUCUUGAUCAGAAAGACAGGGUUUUUUUCAGACUAAUUUUCAAGGCUGGAGGACAGGUCAAAGUGAGCUCAUCUCUUGGGGGAAGGUUUUACUCCACUUGUUGUCAUUCUGCUCUUGCCUGUAUGCUGAUAAGAAGCCUCAGUACUCCAGGACCAUACGCACAGCAGAGGGGAUUUUGCUUGUCGAUCUGCACUUUGGGAGUAGAAGGACCUCAGCUCGUUUGCCAUGCCCUUCUUGGAGAGAGAUGCCGACCAUAUGGAUACGGACGGCAUACGGAAGGGUGGAGGGAGUUGCCACUCAGUCAGCCCGACAAAAGGUUUCUUCACCCGGGGACCCUUCAGUCGGCCCUCCAGUCCCAAGUCAGCCCCUGCCAGGACCAAGAACAGCCCAGGCUCCCCCAAAACCAUCUUCCCCUACCCUUCGUCCCAACAGGACUCCCCACCCAAGUCGUCUCGUCGCCUGAGCUUCAGCGGCAUCUUCCGCUCCUCCAGGGACUCUACCUCUAACUCCACCUCCACCUCUCCCGUCAGCGUCAAGGUCUUCUCCAGGGACUCUACCUCUAACUCCACCUCCACCUCUCCCGUCAGCAUCAAGGUCUUCUCCAGGGCCAGGAAAGCCUCUGGGAUCUCCUCGCCCCCCUCAACUCCUCCAACGCAGUCCAUCAAGCAGCCGCCGGCGUUCCUGCUGGAGGCCUAUCGGAGCGAGCCGGAGAGGCCGGAGGCACGGAUGCGCUCCUACUCUUCCCCGUCAGACACCGGGCAACGCUUCAGUCUACCCUGCACCAAACCACCCAUGACUCCCUCCGCCCCCAUCGCUACCUCACAAUCACAACCAGUCGACAGUUUAGUUGAAAACAUGCUGAAGAAACUUGAGCUAGAAGAUGAAGCUGUUGAAGAAUCCGAAAGGGAUAUCUACAUGCGCUUUAUGAAGUCACACAAGUGCUACGACAUUGUUCCUACCAGCUCCAAGCUCGUUGUUUUUGACACUACUCUGCAAGUAAAGAAGGCUUUCUUUGCCUUGGUUGCCAACGGGGUGCGGGCAGCCCCGCUAUGGGAGACGAAGAAGCAGAGCUUUGUCGGAAUGUUAACCAUCACAGACUUCAUCAACAUCCUCCACAGAUACUACAAGUCUCCCAUGGUACAAAUAUAUGAGCUGGAGGAGCAUAAAAUUGAAACGUGGAGAGAACUCUACCUACAAGAAACCUUUAAGCCGUUAGUGAACAUAUCACCUGAUGCAAGUAUAUUUGACGCAGUAUACUCGCUCAUCAAGAACAAGAUCCACCGGCUGCCCGUCAUCGACCCAGUCAGCGGAAACGCACUUUAUAUCCUCACACACAAGAGAAUCCUCAAGUUCCUCCAGCUCUUUGUGUGUGAGAUGCCAAAGCCUGCCUUUAUGAAGCAGACCCUGGAGGAGCUGACCAUCGGCACCUACCACAACAUCGCCUUCAUCCACCCCGACACACCCAUCAUCAAGGCCCUGAACAUCUUCGUGGUCCGGAGGGUGUCCGCACUGCCAGUGGUGGAUGAGUCAGGGAAAGUCGUGGAUAUUUAUUCCAAGUUUGAUGUCAUUAACCUUGCUGCUGAGAAGACCUACAACAACCUGGACAUCACGGUGACCCAGGCUCUGAGGCAUCGCUCGCAGUACUUUGAGGGCGUGAUGAAGUGCAACCGGCUCGAGACACUGGAGACCAUCGUGGACAGAAUAGUCAAAGCGGAGGUCCACAGGCUGGUGGUGGUGGGUGACAACGCCCACAUCGUGGGCAUCGUUUCCCUGUCGGACAUCCUGCAGGCCCUGGUGCUCACCCCUGCAGGCAUCGGCAGGAAGAGCAGCCAAGCACAAUCAGAAACAUUGGUAGAGGCAGAGGCACCACCAGAAACAUUGGUAGAGGCACAGGUAGUAGGGGCUGGAAACUGAAGCUGAGACCGAGAAUGAGGUAGUGGGGGUUAAGUCUGAAGUUGAGACUGAGAUGGAGAACGCUGAAGCCGUGGCAAAGACUGAGGCAGUAGUGAAGGUAGAGACUGAAGCUGGACCAAAAGACGCUGAGGGAAAGGCGGCGUAUGUGCUGUGUGUGACUGAUCUGCCGUGACACGGGACAUUGCUGUGAGAGGAAGUUGACUCGGAAGACUGAUGGAAGUUGAACCCCCAGACUGAUGCAUUGUCUGGGCUGAGAAAAGGGUUGGAUCGGACUGGUGGGAUGGGUGGUACAGUCAAAGUGACCCUCUGGGUAACCAGGGCCCUGAUGGGUAAUUUGCUGUGAUAGGGGAAACGUGGUCACAUGGGUGACUGACUCGGGCUGACCAACCUGGGAUUAUUUUACUAGAGGGUUUGGCGGUGGUGCCUCCUCUUCUCCCCCCUCAAGAUUGUGCAUCAUCACUCCUCUCUACUUUUACCCCCUGGAUGUUCCAGAAAUAACCCCUACCCCCUAGGCCCUCAUUUAGAUUUGACAUGAGUGGGAAGGUAUUAGCAACAUGGCUAGUAUAUCAGAAGCCCUCGAGGUGGUUUGAGUUAUUAUAAGCUUGCUUUUAGUUGCAGGUUAUUUUCCAUUUGAAUCAUAAUCGUGUCUGCUCUCCUUCAGGGAAAGAGUAUUGUGUUGUUUUUUUCUUUAUUUGCACAAGGUUUUGUGAAUGGAAACAAGGGAUGUCGGUGGCUCUCCGAAAACUACAUCCAUUCCCCCUGCUACUUAUGAUGUUCCUGUGACAGUGGGCGGAGCUUGCUGUCCUCUUUAAAGUCAUUGGUGCCUUUCGAGAUAUUUUUUUUAAAGUAUUUUUGAAAGAGAGCGAAAGAGGUGAUGGUAUGACGACUUUGUUGCUCAAUGCAAUUCAAGAAGAAGAUGCAGCAGCUGCCUAUAUCCAAUAUGUAUUUACAUUUCUCCAGUUACUUAGAGGCAUGCAAGAUACAUCUUGUACUCUGUAUCGAUCAUACUGGAAAUAUAGAGAAACCUUUUGUACUGAGGAAACUAAGUGCCAGAGAAAGGACAGUUAUAUUUUUUUCUCUUUAGUCAAUAUUGUAAGAUCAUGUUCUUUCUGUAAUAUUUACUGAUCAUUUUCUUGUCAUUCAGAUUUUGAAGUUAUAUUGUUGAUAGUCUCAGAUGAGUGGUUUAUCUAUUGAAAAUGAACAGAUGUGUCAUGAGUGCCACAUAAUACAUGUUUCUGUUAUUUAAGUUCUUUUGCUGUUUAAAUAAAAGUAAUAAAACCUA